CCUCUUUCUGUGCGGGAAUUUAAGAAUCUCAAAACUCCCAACGACGCCGCAUCGACUUGGGAGAUUUGAAAACUUUCUCUCAGAAAAAAAAUUUGGAGGAAAAGGAAAACCUUUCACAGAAGCAAGAUCAGAUAUCUUGUCUGAAACCACUCUAUUGUUUCUGCUUCCUCGUUUCUCACUAUAUUUUGCAUAUACAGGAUGAGCAGUAAACUGCGUGCUCAGCCGUCUCGGAAGGGAAAGAAAGCUUGGCGCAAGAAUGUUGAUGUGUCGGAGGUCGAGCAAGGUCUUGAAGAUGUUCGGGAAGAGAAGAUUCUUGUUGGAACCACUCUCGACAAACUCGACUCCGACAAGCUCUUCGCCGUCGACGACAGCGCGUCCAGCCAUGUCCCGAAAGCGUUCGCGAAGCCCUUGAAAGCCGACCAGAUCCUCGCCGAGCGGUCCGCGAUUCCCGCGCUGAUGACGCGCAAGCGCGCGCGCGAAGACGAGGCCGCGGCGGAGCGCAAAAAGGGGAACGUGCAGGGCGUGUCGUAUAAAGACCUUGCGCGUCUGCUGCGGAAAGCGGGGCGCGUUGCGGACGGGAAGUCGUCGAUUGCGAAUCUGGAGAGGGAUAGUCAUAUCGUGGGGGAUAUCUACGAUGCGUGGGGCGAGGAUCAGGAGCCGAGUGCGCAGCUGAAGGUGCGCAUGGCGCAGGAGCCGGAGAAGAAAGGCGUGCCGAAUAAGAAGGACAUAUACGCGCAUGCGAAGGAGAUCGGGCUGGACAAGACGUUGAGCUAUGUCAGGAAGGAGAAGCCGCCGGUGACGUUGUCGCACCCACCGAUUGCAUUCAAGGAGUCCCGUCGGGCGGUGGAUCUGCCUAAAGAAGGCAUCUCCUAUAACCCGUCACUUGACUCGUGGCAGGCGAUUUUGAAGGAGGAGCACGUCAAGCUUGAGAAGCAGGAGAAGGAGCGCAAGAGGGAGGAAGAACGGCAAGAGCGGAUCAGACAGCUGGGUGAGCUGCUCGAGGAAAGAGAACGAUUGGGUUUGGACGAAGUCGACAGCGACGCCGAGGACGAAGAAGAGACGCAAAAACCUGUGACGAUCAAGCGCGAAGACGAAGACAACACCAUCAAGAAAGAAUCACAACCCGCCACGACCUCAUCCACCACCGACGCCCCCUCCUCCCCCUCCUCCUCCUCGACGAAGGUGAUCGACCUCAGCAAGCCAUCCCGCACUACACGCAAGCACAAGCUCGGAAAGUACAAAGUGGCCGAGCGCCCGAUCACGCUCAAACUCGCCGACGAACUCACGGAUUCGCUGCGCUUGCUGAAACCCGAGGGUAAUCUCGCAAAGGAUCGGUUCAUCAGCAUGCAAGAGCGUGGUGUGAUUGAGGCCCGAGUACAGGUGUUUAAGGGACGCAAGUAUAAGAAGAACCUCACGGAGAAGUGGAGUUACAAGGAUAUUAAAUAGAGGAAAAGUGAUUUAGUGUUUGUUUUAGUGCAUGUGUUCAUAUUGUCUGGUCGGGUGUGUUUUAAAGGCUCAGGAAUUGGGAUGCUC